AUGCCUGUUGUUCGGACAUUUCCAGAGGGCGAGAUUCCGAAUAGAGGAAUAAUAGCCACUGCUGAUGUCGAUCUGAAAAAGAGGUAUCGGACAGCACUUCACGCGGGGUUUUUACCUGACGAGGAGGAACAGGUCGACUCGGUCGGUCAACAGCUGAUAGAUGCAGUCAAUCUUGCUGGGCAGCAGGACGACCUGAGUGAUGCUGAGGGCAUAGAUGAGGACCUCAGUGAAGGAGAUCGCGACGAAGGUAACGACGACUCAUCAAUGCUGAGGACAGCGUAG